CAACUUCCAGUAUAAAAUAAGGAGAUUGCAUUUCAUUUUCAUUCCAAGGUGAACAGAGGAGGAGGAGGUGGGGCCCAUCAUCUCUGUUCAUCUUCUGUCUUUAUCUUUAUUAUAAUCUUUCAUAUAAAAAAAUAUUCAAAAAAAAAGGAAAAAAGAAAAGAAUUUUAUAAUCAUUGUUUUGCCCAUCAUCAUUUGCUCCUCCCGUCGCCGCCUUACACUCGUUAUCGUUUUUCCUGCUGUUCAAACCCUAACACCCCCUUCUUAAUUGACCCAUAUACAUAUAUAAUUUAUGCGGAUAUACGUGCGUAGAUGUUCGAUCUGCUGCUAGAUCUUGACAUUUAAUCGUCGGGGGAUCGUUUCAUAUGUUUCGAGGUUUUAGUUUGAAAACUGCAAGGUUUUUGAAUAUUGACAGAUCUGCUUUAAGGCCUCUCCUAAAGUUCAAAAUUUGAAUUUUUGAGGAGAUGUCACUUUUGCCCAAGAGCGAUUCGAUUCAAAUCCGGGAUGUUUGGGCGGACAAUUUGGAGGAAGAGUUUGAAUUGAUUCGCGAAAUUGUCGAUGCGUACCCUUACAUAGCAAUGGACACCGAGUUCCCAGGUGUGGUUCUCCGCCCAGUGGGCACUUUCAAGAACUCGAGCGAUUACCAUUACCAAACCUUAAAAGACAACGUCGAUCUGUUGAAGCUCAUCCAAUUGGGCCUAACAUUCUCGGACGAAAAGGGCAAUCUCCCCACUUGUGGGACCGACAAGUACUGCAUAUGGCAGUUCAAUUUCCGCGAGUUCAACCUAAACGAGGACGUCUUUGCCAAUGACUCCAUCGAACUGCUCCGCCAGAGUGGCAUUGACUUUGCGAAAAAUAAGGAUAAUGGCAUUGAUGCCAGGAGAUUUGGGGAGCUGCUGAUGUCAUCCGGGAUUGUCCUGAACGAUAACGUCGUUUGGGUAACGUUUCACAGCGGUUACGAUUUCGGGUAUUUGCUAAAGGUGUUGACUUGCCAGAACUUGCCAGAUACCCAGACUGCAUUUUUCAACUUGAUCAAUCUGUACUUUCCGGUGCUUUAUGAUAUUAAGCAUUUGAUGAAGUUCUCGAACAGCCUCCAUGGGGGGUUGAACAAGCUGGCGGAGCUGUUGGAUGUCGAGAGAGUCGGGAUUUGCCAUCAGGCAGGUUCGGAUAGUUUGCUCACUUCUUGUACCUUUAGAAAACUCAAGGAGAAUUUCUUUAGCGGUUCGAUGGAUAGAUAUUCUGGUGUGCUGUAUGGUUUAGGCGUUGAGAAUGGAUAUACAUAGCUUACAGGGAUGGAGAUAUGAUGUGAAAGAAAGAAUGAAAAAUAAAAAAUUGAAAAAACCGAAAGAAUGUGAAUUGUGUUCUAAGUGUUUUGAUUGAAUUAGAUGUAUUGUGCAUGGCUUGGUUAGAUGCCACACUUUUUGUACACUUUUAUGAGAAUUUUGUAGUUCUUACAUCAAAUGAAACUUAUAAGUUAUAUCUUGUUUGCUUCUUGAG